AUGCCAAUUGCUGCUUAUAAAUAUGGAGAAAGGCAUCAUGAAGGCAUCAGACAUGGUGAUAAACAUUCGGAUUCUUACAGACAUUCAGAAUUGAUAAAGAAUUGUGAUAAGCAUUCAGAAUCCAAGCACGGUGACAGAAAUUCAGAAUCCUCAAGGCACUUUGACAAAAAUUCUGAAAAAGUACUAGAAAAGCAUGUAGAGCUAUCCAAGGAUCAAAAAGAUCAUCAUCAUGGCGCGGCCAGCGUUCGAUCAACAGAAGAAAGCGAAUCGACCAGUCGAUCCGCUACCUCAACGCCAGUUCAAAGAAACCUUCAACUUAAUGUCAAUUACACUCCAUUAAGCCCAACAUCAGCUGCCGCAGUACGAUGUAACAUUUGCGAAGUUAACUAUGAUAGUGGUGCUCACUUACAAGUUCAUUAUCUGGCUGAUCAUUGCGCCAAAAAGGAUGGUACUGACUUCAAAUGCCUUCAUGCUAACUGUGACCAAUAUUUUUCGACCAAACAAACGCUCAAAAAUCAUCUGUAUAGUCAUUUUUCGGCGAUGGGAUCUAUGAAUGGUAAGGAUUUUGGAAAUUUGGGGUUUAAAAUUGUGUUAUAACAGUUUGGGGUGAUAAACAAGUAUAAUAUCGAAAAAUUUUUUACCGUAAUGUAAUUUUUGGUCAAUUUUAAACCAAAAUUAUAUUUUCUAUCUAUUUUUAAAUCUAUUUUCAAUUUCCCAAAGUUACAGAGAAAAAUCUUAUCAACUUUUUACAAAACAUCAAUUAUAUUAUGUUAGGCCCACCUGACCUAGUAAUAUUAAAAAUUAAUAUUUUUUCACAAUUCGCCGAAAAAUGUCAAAUAUUAUAGUAUACUAAAAUAAAAUCAUAAUUUUUCUUUUCAGCACGAUCAGAUUCACGGGACAGAACGCCAGAACGACCACAUAAACGCUCAAUGAACGGAACACCCGACUCGUUGAUUGGUAUCGCUGAUUGGAGGCAAAGUAAAAAGAUCAAACUGGAAGAACCGCCGAAAACUAGCAUGGUAAGGGUUUUUUAAAGUCUUGUUGAUAUUUUAGGGUGUUAGUGUCAGAGCUAAAAGGACAUUCCAAAAGGAUGUUGAGGAGGUUUAUAUUAUAUAAUACUAGGUUUUGAUGGGUUUUUUUCGAAGGGAAUUGAAAUUUAAAAAAAAAUGUUUGUUGGAUUUGUAUGGAAUGUUGAUAUCAUGAUAGAGCAGUGUUUUUUGAACCUUUUGGCAUCAAUUUUAACAUGUUCUCAUUUUGAAAAAAUUUUAAAAUAUCAGAAUAAACCGGUUUUUUAGCAAAAAUUUCGAAAAAAAUUAAAUUUUUUGUCAAAGUAGCUGAUGCCAUUUGAACGUUAUGGCAAUAUUAAGAUAGCUCAUGGUCUUGGGAAUGUUUCGACAUCAAUUUCAAUACUUAUUCAUCAAGUUAUCUCUCCCUAACUUCAAUUUUUUCAGGCCGAACCCUCGAUUUCGUGCCAUUUGUGUCAGCAACACUUCUCGGACACUGUACUUUUACAAAAGCAUUGGGUAGAACAACAUCUCUCUCAACUUGACGCACGACCUCAUGUUUGCCAACGUUGUGACGCGGGAUUCACGACGAUUGACGCGCUACGCUCACACGCCGCCACCCAUAACUGA